AUGGGCCGAAGCCUUCCUGCCUAUGGCCCUGCCCUGCCAGCAAGAGAGGAGAGGGUGUGGGAGAACUCGCACGACGCGGACAACGGAGAAAAGUACGCGCGAGGGCGGCUUGGUGUCGAUGGGUAUCGACAAGGGGCAACGCGGAAUCAGCCGUACAAGGCCGAGGCGCCGAGGCAGCAGAGAGCAGUGAGCAGGGCGGAGAGAGACGCGACGGACCUACGCACGAUGAUAGACCAAAGAGACCACGCACAACCACAAGAACCUAUGGCCCUUCAAGGGUAUGUGAAGCAGGUUGCCAUCGCCUUGAGUAGAGAGGACGGGGAGCUGCUGGAAGAAUGCCUCAGCAUUUCUCCAGCCAUCGCAGGGGAGCAGCGGCUGCUGGAAAGCAGAUUGUCCGAUGAUGAUGUGGAGGCGGCAUGCUCAGGGGGUGGGCGGGACUCGCUCCCGCCGGUGGCAGUUUCGUUGUGCAGGGAGAUGCUGCUAUACCUCCAGGCGGUCAAGAAUGACGACGCGAAAGAGGCCUUCAAGCACUAUCGAGGAGCCUUUCGUGUGUUUGUCGAAGACAACUCGCUCCUGGGGUUUCGCGGAGGGCAGUCGGGCUGGCUUCUACCGACGUUGGCGACAAUGAGCCGCGGGGUUAGGCUUCUCGCCAAUGAGAAGACGGACCUGGACGACGAGGACGCUCAGGCAGACGUUGUCGGCCUCCUCCACACAGCUUUCAGCGCGUGCCUUCGAGACAGAUCGACUGACCCAGUAGAGUCAAAGAAGCUAAUGGCGAUGCACAUGGCGGUCGUGCUGUUCAAGCACUGCUUCAAGCUCAACCGCCUCAGAAUGUGCCAAGAUUUGUCCAAGAAUGUACGUGGGGGGACAGGCGAUGCGGAAAGCUUGGCUGUCCGCGCAGACGUGGUGGCUUUUCUUUACUACGAAGGCAAGACUUUCAUGCACAACGCUGCCAACGACAAACACGAGAGGGCUAAGGCCGAGACAACGCUGACCAGGGCUCUCAAAGAGUGCCAUGUCGCGGCUACGGGAAACCGAAGACGAAUUCUGGUGAAUCUCGUGCCCCUGAGAAUGAGGAUGGGAUGUUUGCCGGAGCGACGCCUGCUGGAGAAGUACGACUUGCUCAUAUUCGAUGACUUCUCCACUGCCAUACGUCAGGGAAACCUCAAGCGGUUCUCUCUGCUCAUGAAGCAGCACGAGCGCGCUCUCAUAUUGUCAGACCUUCUGCCGCAUCUGGAGGGGUGUCGUCUUAUGAUGUACAGGCAGGUCCUCAAACAAAUCGCUACGGCAACAGAUGCCAACGUCCUUCCCUUCAGGGUGAUCGUUCUCGGACUUGUUCUAAGGGGGCACGAGUUCGACAUCGACAACGAUAGCUUUGAUCCCCAACAGAGCGCCGAGGAGCGAGAGCUUGCCCGAUGGGACGAGGUUACGUUCAUACUCGCUGGCCUUAUCAUGGACGGGCUGAUCAGCGGCGUUGUGAGAAGUCGCGACGCUCAGCUGCUGCUCAGCAAGAAGACCGGUUUCCCUGAUUUGCCGGAAGUAACCGAAACCGGCCUUCGACCUCGACUUCGACCUCGACCUCGACCUCCCUCUCGCCAUUUAAGACCAACAAGCACCUUCAACAUUUUUCCCGCCAAGGUUGAGUCGUAGAAGUGAGUUUUCAGUGGUUGUCAAAAGGAAAACCAGUGCGGCUGAAGGCAACGCGGUAUAGAACAACAGCAGCGGUGGCAGUAAAGGUUGAGAUUGGCCUCGAGAUUUCCCGUGGACACAGGUGGUGGGGCUGGAUUGGCGGGACGAUGGAGGGGAGGAGGACAAACCCGUUGUGUGCCUGCGAGUGGUUCGAUGCAGCAUGUAGACUGUUGCAGUAUCGUCUGGGGAUAUGUACUAUGUACUGGUUGUGGGGCCCCUAGUUUGAUUUCUAACUUCGUGGCUAUGUAAGCACAUGUGUUUGUACUCAUCCCACACCAUCCACGUUACUUGGGGCAUUUCUUGCAAAAGGGUGUGGCCGGGUUGGUCGUUCGAGACUGACUGUGUUUACUUUUCGCCUACCUCGACACCCUUAGAAUUCGCGGCAUUCAAUACAUGGAGGGAAAUGGUAACGACUGAAGACUGAAGAAUGAAUAGAAGUAAUUCUUGUAGUUUGUUGCACCGUGGCUUCAUCACGUGCCACAAUAAUUCGGAUAUUUAGUAUAUCAGCAGAAUGGGUAGUGGUUCGGGAGGCCUCUCUCUCCCCUCGUUAAUUCCCGACGUCCAUGUUUUCCUUGUUCCCGUCAUCCUCAGUAUGCAACUGUUCUUGUACCCACCCUUGCAAAUAGUGUUACGUGCUGGACUGUGAUCAUGUCCGGUACA